CGAAGCGAGCUUUCAUCGUCGAAACGGUCAGCUUUAUUUACAAUUCAAAACAGAUGAAUGGUACUGGAUGAAUGUAUACGUUUAAUCAUUUUUAUUUAUUUAUUUUAUCAUUACCUCGACGCCACAGUGAAUUGGUCAUUCUUGCACAUAAAUUCGGUCACAGAUGCUGAACGAAGUUUUUCCCUGCUACAAAGAAAUGCUCACCGAUGACAGGGCACUCCCUGCGUUCCAUAGUUUCAGGUUAGACGAUAGCCUGGGACUAUACGCGCUAUUUGGCGCACUAUAAACAGAAGCUGCCGAGAACAAACUUCAGAGCAUGUUUAAGUUGCUCACAUGUAGCAUGUGGAAGAUAUAACGAAGAGCAUGCCAUUAAACAUUUCCAUGUAUCUAAACAUCCUGUAGCCAUUGAAGUCAAUGAAAAAUAUGUAUUUUGUUACAUUUGUGAUGACUAUGUGCUGAAUGACAAUGUAACUGGGGAUAUUAAGCUGUUACGAUCCACAUUAGAAGCCAUAGCCAAGCAGAAGUUUGAUGAGCGAACUACACGCAGUGGUAGGCGAUUGCGAGCAUUGUCAUUAGACAGCGGUGAACCCCUCAAAAGACAAAAUCACAGCUCAAUUUUAAAGGAUAAAGGUUACACUGCCCUUGUCCAUCGAAGACUGGUUUUACUGAGCAAAACUUUCCUAGCCUGGAAGGAUGAUGUCCUUGGAGAUAAAGAAACUAAACAAAAACCAACACUUUCUAAAUUACAAUCCAAAGUAUCUCAACACAAACGGUCAACAGAAUCGAGUUGGAUACCAGAAAAUAACCCAAAAGGAAUGGCAACACCACAUAAAAGAAAAGCUGACGUGAACACUGAGGAAUCACCAUCAGCAAAGAAGAAAUGGUCUACCUUGACCCCAGGUGUAACAGGUCUACGCAACCUGGGUAAUACCUGUUACAUGAAUUCCAUUCUUCAGGUAUUAGGGUAUCUUAGUGUAUUCAGAGAAUGUUUUCUAGAUAUAGGAAACAGUUCAUUAGAAAAAAACAUAAAAUCAGAAACGAAGCUAACAAGAGAGUUCUACAGGCAAACCACAGUAGAAGCAUUUAAAGCAAUCUCAACUCCAAAGUCUAGAACCAAAAUUCAAAGACAACCUAAUUUUGGUCUCAGUGGAGGAUCAAAUAAGGUUGUCGACCCAUCAAAGUACAAAGACCCAAGGUUGAUGAGAGACAACAUGCCACUGUAUUAUGAAUUUCAUCUCUUAUUUCGUGUGAUGUGGUCAGGUAAAUGGGCCAUCGUCUCUCCGCAUGGAUUUCUGAGUUCCGUGUGGCGGUUGAUACCAAGCUUCAAGGGCUACUCCCAGCAAGAUGCACAGGAAUUCUUAUGUGAGGUACUGGACAAGGUGCAUUCUGAGUUGCAAUAUGUGCUGAGCCCUCCAUUGGUGAAGAUGGGUGAUUCAUUAUGUCCAGUUCAAGAUAUUAUUCCAGGGAAUUUUCAAGGUCGAUUAGUUAGUCAAGUGACUUGCUUGAAAUGUACUCAGAAAUCUAACACUUUUGAACCUUUCUGCGACUUAUCUUUGGAGUUUCCCGAAAGAUAUCAAUUUAGUCAAUCACGGACAAGUUUAUCUGAAGAAAGUUGCCAUAUAACAGAGAUGCUGACGAAGUUCACAGAAGUUGAACACUUAGGAGAGGUAUACUCAUGUGAAUCAUGCAACAGACGAAGAAGGCACAGCAAACCAACCAUUUGCACAAAGGCAACAAAAAGACUAUUGAUAAGGAAACCACCAAAGAUUUUACGACUGCACUUGAAACGAUUCAGAUGGUCAGGACGUAACCACAGAGAGAAAAUCAAUGUUCAUGUUGAUUUUUCACAAGAUCUAAAUUUACGACCGUUUUGUUAUAUCAGUGCCAAUGAGGACACUGAUCUGACAUCUGAAGACUUCAUGUACGACCUCGCAGCAGUAGUGAUACAUCAUGGCAGAGGUUUUGGAUCAGGCCAUUAUACAGCAUACUGCUGGAACAAUGUAGGAGGUUUUUGGGUCCAUUGUAAUGAUGCUCGUCUUGAACUCUGCACUAUGGAUGACAUCAGGUCAUGUCAGGCUUAUAUAAUGUUCUACACAAAGCGCACUUCAAACCAACACUUAACUACAGAUGGUGGGAUCCAGCCAAAAGCAAGGCGAUCAAGAAGGAUAACAUUGUGAUACUCAUCAAGUGCAUGUGCUUGGAUAUUUCCACAAAAAAAAAACACUUGUGACAAAAAAUUUUGUAUGUUACAAUGUUUCAAAUUUUUAUUUCUGCUGUGAUUUGAUGUUUAUUUACAAUUUUUACUAAAAAAUGUAUCCAUCUUCAUUAAGUUUUCAUUUUGUAAAAGAUUAUACAAUUACUAUUCAGCAAAAGGUAAUAUCAAGAAGAUUUUCGUUGUAAGAGGGUUUUAUCAAGGAAAUCAAACUUAAAAUGAGUCAACUCUGAGUUGGUAAAUAGUUUAGCGGCAUUUAGGUAGUUUUCAUGGGUAUUUUGAUAUUUAUUCUAUUAUUUUCUUGAAUUGUGUUAUUAUUAUUGUAUUUUACUUGCAACUGAGACUAUUCUGCUGUACAAUGCUUCCAAUGAUUCUCCAUAGAUUUUCUGAUUCUGUUUUCAUUACCAGUAAUUGAGUUCUCCUAUUAGUUGAUAAUUGUCCCACUUGGUAGAUUAACUACAUAAUUUAUACUGAUAUAAGAUAAGAUAUACUGCCAUUCAAAUUUAAUGAACCUAAAAUUUUAAAAAAUGUAAUUAAAUUGCUUUGUAUAUUACAGUAAAUUAGUAGAUUCAACUAAAAAUAUAUAUGUCCAAAACUUUAAAUAGUACCAUUCCUAUAGGGUUUGGACAUUUAUUUUUAUAGUAGUGUCUGUAAAUGAUUUUUUUUAUAUAUAUCUGACCUUGAGAUUACCAACUUGGAAAACGUUUGAAAAUACCUUUUUGUCUCUAUUUUCUCUUUUGACUUCUUAUUUGUAUUUUUAAUGGUGAAUACUUUUUGUUCAUUUUUCACUUUUAAUUUACAUUAUAAAUGGAAGUAGAUUAUUUUAUUUUUUAAUUUUUUUUUUAAAUUUUAGUUAUGUAAUAAGUAUGUUUAAAACUAUAAUAGUAAUGCCAUUUAUAUUACUUUUUAGGCAACUGUAUCCAAUAAAAACUCAGGGAAAUGUAUAAUAAUGUAGAUAGGUGGUUAAUUAGUAAAAUGUACAUUAAUUUUGGUAUUGAUUUUUACACAUAUUUUUAAAAUUCAUUGUUCAUGGACAAAUGUAUGUGUUCCAUAGAUUUAUAUUAGAUGUAUAUUUGUAGGCAAUUGGUGAUUUUCCUUGCAAUUAUCAUUAACUGUUAUAUGCAGUUUGUCAGAUUUGCAGUUUCAGCUCUGAGCAGAAGGCCUAGCCUGUUGAAAAUUUAAAAAUACCAAAACACACACACUGAAAACAAUUGAAAUAACUAAUUGAAUGACAUAAUCAUUAUAAAAUGACAAACAUUUUUCACCAUCAUUAUAAUUUUCUUGAGCAGAGUCAUCCAACUUGUUUAUGUCAAUUGUGCAAUUCCAUGAAACUGCACAUAAGACAUAACAGCUAAUUAACUAUAUAAGGUCACACUAAAGGUAUCUAUGCAGAAUGAUUGUAUGAUGCGAGUUUUUUUUUCAGUUUCGAUUUUGACCAAGGAGGUACAAGUGUUGGGUGUUAAAGAAUUAUGACUUCUCUGUUGAAUGCAAGACAAUGCGCAUUAGCACUACUGAAGUGGAUAUGUGCGCUUUAUAAAUUUAUGAGAGUCCCAAUUGAUCAGCUCUGGCUGGAUGGACCACCUCACAAAAUAUUGUUGAAAUAAAAUAUAAAUAAAUAACUUUUAUUACAGUAUCAUUAUUAAUGGUACAAUUAUGACUGGCUGGUGUGUAAAACUAAUUAAGUUGUCACAUGAGGAUUUGGGAACCCAUGAUGUACUGAAAUAUAACUAAAACAAGAAGUACAGAAGCACAAUAAGUUUUCCAUCUUUCUUUUAUCAGGAUGACUAAAAUCAAGGAACAUAGAGUACCACAGUCGCCAGGUGUUGGUUACCAUUCAUUACGCCUGAAUGACUUCAUAUUCUUUCUGGAAUAGGCAUUUUAAAAUUUAAUAUUUUACCAUCAAAAUGUACUAAAAACACAAAAGCUUGCAUUAUAUUAGUGAUCGAACACACAUUUAAUCAAUUAAAAUUUACAAAGAAUUAAGAUAUAACAUCUUAAUUAUGUUAGAAACUGGGAUCAACGGUUUGUCAGUGGAGACAAUAGUCCGGUUGAAUUCAUGUUGUGUCGCCGAUAACAACGGAGUAGUAUCACGUGGUAUCCUGAUGUAACACUGUAGUACUAUAUACAAAUAUCAAGAUAUUUGAAAUUUUGAUCUAGUGCUUACAAUGAGUUAAAAAAAAUAUACUCAAGGAGAGACGAACCAUUUUUAAAGUGACAUUGUUCUAUAUUUUGUAGGGAUAGCCAAUCAAAAAGUAAUUUUCAUUGCUGCGUCUCUAAUUCAAAGCCAAUCUUUUAUUUUCUCUCAGAGUAUUACAUUCAAAUCAUACCCUGCUUUUGCCUGGGGAAACCCUGGUACAUAAAUUUGGGCAUAAAGUAGAGAGUGGCAUUUUAUGUAUUUUUUACUUUUAUUGACAGGAUAACUUUUCAUUCUAAGCCUUUAACAAGUCUGCUCAACUUGUCUUCCAGAAAUCAUUGAGGUUUCAGACCAAGUAAAACUCUCCCAAAAUUCAAAAUGUUUUGCAUAUAUUAUUAUUUUCUCCCUGAGGUUGGCUGGUAUCAUCGUGCACUACAAAUACAUUGUGUUAAAAUAGCAUGAUAGAUCAGAUGGUAUGGCUUCAUAAUUGCAUCAACACACUUAGGUGCAGUGACAUUUGGCAGUCAGAAUUAUUUGAUUUUUUUUUAUGGAUUUAUGUGUUUGCCCAAGUGAUAAUAGAAUUGUAUUGUAGUGCAUUGGUGAGCCAUGUAUUUGAAAAUGUUUGAUAAGAAGUUUAUUUGUAAAUGAUUCAAUUAAACAGUUGUACUGUA